AUGAAAUGGCGGUGUCGAGAUGGUAAGCUGGAGUGCCAGUCCGACGAUGAUCAGGACAUGUGUCGGCAGCUCAACGUGGACUGCUCAAAGGAGAAGGACAGCUCUCUUGGCAACGACAAGCGAGGAAGUUCCUUUAUUCAGGUAGGGUCACUGGCUUCGCUUGACGAUGACACUUCUCCGCGGGCAGUUAUACACAGACACCGCAAGAACAUGAUCAACAUCGGGGCAUAG